GUCUCGCACUCCUGCUCGCUCUCAGACGGACCGUCACCAUGGAUAGACGUUCGCUACCCCUGCUUUUCGUCCUCACGGCAUUUGGAUCGACUUAUUCCCUUAAUUCUGUCCAAGUUAUCUCCGGAGUGUUCAUGACACCAGAGCUCGAUGUGGAUUAUCACAAUGCCACAACGACCUGUAACAAAUAUGAGAAUUCCACCUUGGCCAGUCUAGAACAAGUCACAAAUGCACUUAAACACGGAUACGAGCUCUGCAAGUGGGCUUGGAUUAAAGAACAGAAGAUGGUCAUGCUUCGCCUGACACCAUUUGAAGGAUGUGGCAACUUCAGCCUGGGUAUUUUGACAAAAGAAGAUCUAAAUAGAGCCUCCAGUUAUACGUUCUGCUUCACGAAACCUGGAGCACUCAGCUGGGUCUAUGAUGCCUUCUCGGGAAACCUGGGCUCGUCUUAUGAAGACGCCGGCCAGACCUGUGCUCUGAAAGGGGACAUUAUCGCCACGCAAGAGCAGAUUGAAUCAACGCCUACCCGCCAGGUAACAGCUAACAGAAUUUCGUGGUAUAAUUUGGGAUUAGGCUUCUUUGAUAUAAAUAACAACUUCAUAGUCAGCCCACCAGUACGUACCCAGAGCCAAGGAGGUGCUUUCUGCUACAACCCAAACUUGAAAGACAAUAUCAUACAGGUCAACGACACACUGUGGAAGAGAAUCACCAUUGCGUGUGUUCUUGGCUCAAUAUUUGUUAUCUUACUGAUCGCUGGAAUAUUUAUGAAGGGAAAUCAGUUUAUAUGUUGCAUGAAGGACAGAAGAACGGUGAAUGUGGAUGGACUGGCAGACGUCUCACCACCGGCCCCAAAAUGGAACGCCACUGGUAUUUAUAAACCCAUGACCCAGAGGAAAGACUCCAAGUAUAUCUCCGAUGUAGCAAUUGAGGGGCGUCCACCUGCAAUCCGCCCCGAGAUGAACGUCUAUAGAUCUCAUAUCUAUAGCAAUAGGGGCUAUAGCAACACCGGGGAUGAAUGAGGAGCAGCACAACUGCUAGGGCUUCGAGAAGGAUCAGCGAGCAUAGGGAAGGAUCAGCGAGCAUAGGGAAGGAUCAACGCGCAUAGGGAAGGAUCAGCGAGCAUAGGGAAGGAUCAGCGAGCAUAGGGAAGGAUCAGCGAGCAUAGGGAAGGAUCAGCGAGCAUAGGGAAGGAUCAGUGCGCAUAGCGAAAGAUCAGCGAGCAUAGGGAAGGAUCAGUGAGCACAGGGAAGGAUCAGCGCGCAUAGGGAAGGAUCAGCGAGCAUAGGGAAGGAUCAGCGAGCAUAGGGAAGGAUCAGCGAGCAUAGGGAAGGAUCAGCGAGCAUAGGGAAGGAUCAACGCGCAUAGGGAAGGAUCAGCGAGCAUAGGGAAGGAUCAGCGAGCAUAGGGAAGGAUCAGCGAGCAUAGGGAAGGAUCAGCGCGCAUAGCGAAGGAUCAGCGAGCAUAGGGAAAGAUCAGCGCGCAUAGCGAAGGAUCAGCGCGCAUAGCGAAGGAUCAGCGUGCAUAGGGAAAGAUCAGCGCGCAUAGCGAAGGAUCAGCGCGCAUA